AUGUUUAAAAUCGUCGUUUUCUCUUCUGUACUUCUGGCCCUUGGUGCCUAUUAUGGACAAGUCCAGGCUGCAGUUUUGCCGGUUUCCUCCACUGAAGUUGCAUUGUAA